AUGUCGAUCGCAAUUACGAUGAUUGUCGUCGCGCACGUCGACAUCCACGCCGCCAUCGCAUGUCUCGACCGCGCUCCCAGCACCUACGUGCUCUUCCGCAACAAACUUCCUGCAUUCGUAGGCGACAAGCAGGGACACCGGCGCCACAUUUGUUCCAAAAAUGUGCAUUAUGACAACUCGAUGCUCCGAGCCUUCGCCGGUGCACUAGCAUCUUCGAUCUUUACGUAG